GCGAGUGUUCACGCUUGGACUUCAGUGUCGGAGCAACUGGUCCACGUCGUGAAGUCGCGGCAGAAAAGCACGCCAAAGGAAUGUAAUCUCCGUACGAAUGACUGAUUUUCUACCCGUGUACGACGCGCUUCAAUUGAGACUCUCCAUUGCCCACGAGUUCCAAUGACUCACAAGAAAAAACUCUGACCACGGGACAAGCGCGUAUCGGCAGCUAUUAAAGCGCCUGACGAGGCUGAAGAUCAAGCUUCUGUAAUCGAUGGGUUGAGAACGCGAAAUUCGUGCUUUUCAGCUUUCUUCUCUUCUUGUAACCAAGGUGUAUAGCUCACCGAUGAGCCAUGCUGAAGGUAGUAGGAGCCUCCUGGCUGCAGACACGCAUCUCCACUUACAUCCUCGUCGCCGUAGCUUUGCUGGGAAUUGGAGCCAUAAUUCUCGGUGAAUUUGGACAUGUCGAACAAGAUGGAACUUAUUCAGCCACGGUAUCAUGGAACCGCAAAGGAGGAUACCGCAUUGACUUUUGGGGCCAAGGCAAUGAUCUAACAGCCGUACCAUUGCAUGCAGCUCGAGCCUAUUACAAAACUGGAAUUUUCGAGCACGGAUGGUCUUAUAUCGAAAUAGAAACAUCGUCAAAAUACCCGGACACCGUACAAGCUUACGCUGCCGGACUGUUGGAAGGCAGCCUUACUUGGCAAUUGAUUCAUCAUCAUUGGUACAACACUAUAAGGCCAGAAUGCGAAGAGAAACCUGCCGAGUGCCGAAAGUUAACGCGAUAUCUUCGAGACAACACUGCUGUAGUUCGUGAACGUGCUGAAUUGAUGGAAUCUACUGAUCCCUUCUGGCAUAUGGUACGAUUAUUUUACGCUCAAUUAGAUGGCUUGGAAGCUGGUUGGAAAUUUGCUGUACGUAGAAGCCGUGUAUCGGUGUCAUUGGAAUCAGAAGAUUUCCUCUGGCUCGCUUUGGCUUCUGACUUGUCUGGUUUUCAAGAAGUAUUUAAUAUAUCCGCUCCAGUAAUGAGCUCCAUGAUCUAUCUCAAAUCGCUUCCAAGAGAGAAUUCGGAACCCUUAAUUGCAAUUGGUCAUAAUACCGCUGCGUCAUAUACUCAAAUGUUGAGACUUUUAAAAAAAUACACGUUCAACUACCAUGUAUUGCCAGUGACAAAAAUCGCCGCUCCAACUCCCAGUCGAUCGAUCGUGAUGUCCUCUUAUCCCGGAGCACUGUCGUCUCGAGAUGAAUUCUAUUUUAUGUCUGGGGACUAUAAUCAACUUGUUGUUACCGGAACACCUCUACUAGCGACGAAUCGAAGUGAAUGGAGCUUUUUAUACCCAAAAGAUCAUGUGAUGCUAACUGUAAGAUUAAUGGCAGCGAAUCGUUUAGCAACAAACAGUCAGUCUUGGUUUAACACCAUGUCCCGUCAGAAUGGUGGCGCUUCUGCUCUGCAAUGGAUCAUCUUAGAGCCGCGUUCCACUUCGAUAUUGUUAGUGGAACAAUUACCUAGCAUAUCCGUUGCGAUGAAUUACACGGAGAAGUUCAAGAGAACCGGUUUCGUAUCCUACGUUGGUAUAUCAAACUUUCAGAACAUCAACGACAUUGUGCAGCCAGCCAAGAGGGACGUAGACGUAUGGAAAACUCGUUUAACACGUACACAAGAGAAUAUCACCACGUUCGAACAGUUUCAAGACAUGAUGCGUGGAUGCAGCCAGGAAGAUUGCACUGCCGACACACAAAAUUUCAAUACAGAUUCGUUGCAGGAAUUGACGUAUCGCGGAGAUCUCGAUGAUGUUCCUGUACCGUAUGGUGUUAUAGACACGAAGGUUUUAGCGAUCGACGUAGAUGGUUUCGAGAGCCUCGAAGUCAUUUCUGGACCAUCCACGUCGCAGUCGCGAACACCGUUCACAUGGUCUGAUAGUUUUCCCAAUAUUUCGCACAUAGGACACCCAAACACUUUUCAUUUCAAAAGUGUUACACCAAGAUGGGUUUGGACCUAAUUAACGAUAUUAACAUUUUACUUAAAACUAAUAUAUCUUUUUUAAACUUUUUUAAGGCUUUUAAAGAAAAGACGAAGACGAUUUCCUGUCAAUUCCUAG